AUGGCUAUUCCUCAACAGGCUGGGUGGAUGGUAAGGAAAUUGUUCGAGGCAAGAAAUACAUUGCCACUGGUUCAAUACAACACUGCUGGUAGUUUAACUAAGCAAAUAUAUCUUCAGUUAAUGGGAAACAAUGAGAAAAUUUCAUGGAAAACAUUGAGGUUUGGAAAUAAUGCUCGGCCAAAAGCGCAAUUUACAGUAUGGCUACAGAUGCAGGGCAGACUUCUGACUGUGGAUAGAAUUGCUUCCUGGGGAGUAAGUGUGGAUCAUGAAUGCAAGCUGUGCAAUAGUCAAAGUGAAACGAGAAAUCAUAUCUUCAUGGAUUGUCCUUAUUCUGUCAAAGUCUGGGAAGGGGUGCUAAAAUGGAUGAAGGUUCCUAGCUUCAGAACAAUGGGAACAACUGGAGAAUUGGAUCAUUCAAAAAGCAAAGGGUAA